UAAAAUUUGUACUUCAAAAAAAAAUAUAUUUUUAGAAAAAAUAAAUAAAUUUCCUGGUAUAUCAGUAAUUAAUAAUUAUGAGAUAAGAGAAGGCAUGUAGAGAGAGAAUGGGUCAUUGCUGAAAAAUAGGAUCACUGCGAUCUAUGUGCCUUGCAUCAAUGGAAUACUUAACUAGUCCUUGUAUAUAUAAAUAUUCUUCAUUUUGAUAGGCAUCAAAUGUUUUAACUUAGAAGCAUUCUCAUAAUUCAUCAUUGAAUUCACUCCAGAGUUGUAGAAAGACUAAACUAAAGGAGGAAAUGGUGUUGACAGAGUUAGUCUCUGCCACAGAUGAGUAUUUGCACUCCACUUUUGCCUCUAGAUAUGUUCGUGAUCCUGUUCCUAGGUUCAAGAUGCCAGAAAGAUCAAUGCCGAAGGAAGCUGCAUAUCAAAUGAUAAAUGAUGAGUUGAUGUUGGAUGGAAAUCCAAGGUUGAACUUGGCAUCCUUUGUGACAACUUGGAUGGAGCCAGAGUGUGAUAAGCUGAUCAUGGAAGCUGUCAACAAGAACUAUGUUGACGUGGAUGAAUACCCUGUUACAACUGAGCUCCAGAACCGCUGUGUAAGCAUGAUUGCUUACCUAUUCCAUGCUCCUGUUGGAGAGAACGAGAUGGCUGUUGGUGUGGGGACUGUGGGUUCCUCUGAGGCAAUCAUGCUGGCUGGACUGGCCUUCAAAAGAAAGUGGCAACAAAAAAGAAAAGCAGAGGGCAAACCAAUCGAUAAUCCCAACAUUGUCACUGGGGCCAACGUGCAGGUUUGUUGGGAGAAGUUUGCAAGAUACUUUGAAGUAGAGUUGAAGGAGGUGAAGCUUAGGGAAGGGUACUACAUUAUGGAUCCCGAGAAGGCAGUGGAGAUGGUGGAUGAGAAUACUAUCUGUGUUGCGGCCAUUCUGGGGUCAACCCUUACCAGAGAAUUCGAGGACGUAAAGCUGCUCAACGACCUGCUGACAAAGAAGAAUGAGGAGACUGGUUGGGGCACACCAAUUCAUGUUGAUGCUGCCAGUGGAGGGUUCAUUGCUCCUUUUCUUUACCCUGAUCUUGAGUGGGAUUUUCGCCUACCAUGGGUGAAAAGCAUCAAUGUGAGUGGACACAAAUAUGGACUUGUAUAUGCUGGUGUAGGUUGGAUCAUUUGGAGGACCAAAGAAGAUUUGCCUGAUGAGCUCGUGUUUCGCAUCAAUUAUCUUGGGUCUGAUCAGCCCACCUUCACCCUUAACUUCUCUAAAGGUUCUAGUACAAUAAUUGCUCAAUAUUAUCAAUUCAUACGGCUUGGAUUUGAAGGGUAUCAAAACAUCAUAUCCAAUUGCAUGGGAAAAGCGAGAAUACUGAGGGAAGGAAUAGAAAAAACAGGGCGCUUCAACAUUGUUUCCAAAGAAGUAGGAGUUCCCCUGGUGGCCUUUUCUCUCAAAGACAGCAGCAAACACACGGUGUUCGAGAUAUCCGAAAGCCUGAUACGGUUUGGAUGGAUCAUUCCAGCAUACACAAUGCCUGCGGAUGCUGAGCACAUUGCAGUCCUCCGAGCAGUGAUCAGGGAGGAUUUCAGCCGAGGCUUGGCGGAGAGACUCGUCACUCACAUCGAGCAAGUUCUCAAGGAAAUGGACAAUCUCCCGAGCCGUGUUGCCGCAAAGCUCGUGCAGGCUGCAACCACGGCCGAGGAUGUAUGCUCGGAGAACGUCACACGUUUGAAAAAGAGUGUUAGAGAAACUCAAGAAGAGGUCACCAGGUACUGGAGGCGGCUCGUGGAUCGCAAGAAAGCUGGAGUUUGUUGAGUCUUCACAUUGCAGAAUCUCUAAAUUUGUAUUGUUUUUACAUAUUUAAUGCGGAUUUUGCUGCAAUUUUUGGUGAAUUAGAAGGUAUAUUUUUUGAAUUUUUCAAUCACACAGUAGUUUAAUAAUUUGAUUGAAUGUGA